AAUUGAUAUUGUUUUGACCAAUUUUAAUGAAACUGAUCAAGAAUCAAAUUUACAAAUAAGUAAUUCGCAAGAUUUUUUUCCUUCCGUUUUUAACUUCGUGUCGCUUAAUCAGUACGACGUUUGUGGUUAUGUCCGUUUUCUGCUGCUAGUGUUGUUGGGAGAUGUGAUAUGAUUAAGCAAAAAUGGCCAUAAUUAAAUCGAUAUUUAGUGCUUUACUUGUGAUAAUAUUAGUAACAAAGUCUGCGUUCAGUUUGUACGAGGACCAAAUUGGAAAGUUCGACUGGAAGAAGGACCACAUCGGGAAAUUGAAGUUCGCCGAGUUCGAUUCGGUGAAGCGCGUAGUGAUCGCAACGGAGGAAAACGUCCUGGCCUCCCUGAACCUCAAGAAUGGUCAAAUUGUGUGGAGGCAACUGUUGGAGCACUCUGAUGUUCAUAGCAUCGAGCUGAUGCAUCUGGACACUGAGGUGAUCACAGUCUCUGGUAAUGGUAAUAUCUAUUAUGUUCGGGGUUGGGACCUGAACACUGGUGUGCUGCAAUAUGAAUGGAGCUUGUCCACAGAGAAGAGUGGAAAGUGGAUUGCUACGAAAACGCAUUUAAUCCAUGUUGUGGCAGUGGUCAACUCUCAUGUUGAGGUGACAAAGUAUGAGAUUAAGACAGGCAUGAACAAGGGUUCUAGUUCCAGGAUCUCAACUCCUUGGAUGACUAAUCUUGAGAUGUGCGUUCUAGCUGGUACACACUGGACUUGCAUUUCAAGUGAGAGCAGUGAAGAUGGUAAAAUAUACUCCAUUGAUCUUAAUGGUGAUAUGAACAAAAUUGUGGCCAAGUCACUGGAUCAUUUAAUAGGUGCAGCAAGUGGUGCUGUCAAAAUCAAAGAAUUUAAACAUUCCGAACCUGCCAUCCUAUUGGAAAGGAAUCAUGUACAUAGAUUAGUAUUAAUUGGAGAAAAUCCAACUGUUCUGCCUUAUUCCCUAGAGUCAAAUGUCAUUAGCCUCCCAGGUGGCGAGCAUAAUUCAAUUGUACAGAUGGAAGUGGUCCGUACUAGUGAAGAGAAGCCUUUGCAACUGAAGACAUUUGAUUUGGAAACUAAUGAUCAGAAAAUUAUACCUUUGGAGCCACCAUAUACAGCCGUCGCACCACAUUUAGUCAGUGGUAUAUGCAGAGGAUCCAACUGCAGAAUUGUGUACAAUAACGAUGAUAAUGCGAUUGUGCUGCUGCAGCUGCCUGCAGGUAAAGUCCAAUGGGUUAGGGAAGAAGCGUUGAGCGAAAUUGUUGCCUUGGAGUUUGUCGAUUUACCUUUGUCUGACUUGGAGGCGUCCAUUGAGCGCGAAUUCAAUGAAGCUUCGAGCGAUAUUUUCAGCAUGUUCAUGAACCGCUUGGUGAGCCAAACCCGACAGAUGACUACAUUAAUAACCGGUAAACCGACUGCGUCCGGUAACGUAUUGGUCAGAGAUAACUUCGGGUUGCACAAGUUGAUUGUUGUGGCCACGAAAGUUGGUAAAUUGUUUGCUUUGGAUACGAUAACCGGUGAGAUAAUUUGGUCGAGAUAUUUGAGAAAUAUAGCGCCGUUCGAUGUCAUUGACAAGAAGGUGAUGGUGCUGUAUCUGCAGAGGACGGCGCGUUACGCUCCUCUUUCUGCGGAAAUGACUCUGGUUGCGAAGCACAGCAUUGGAGGCGAAGGUGUCGUGUUCAAGUUCGAUCCGAUCACCGGAAAAUCGAUCGGUGGAAUUAACAUGCUGAACUUUAAGAUUAAGCAGGCGACGCUGCUGCCGUUCGAGGAUAAGACGCACGUGAAGGGGUUGAUUUUGUUGGCGGAGAAUAAUCAGAUCCACGUUUACCCGCCCAACGCGAAGAGCAUGCUGAAGGAUUACACCGGAACCAUGUUCCUGUACAACGCGGAUUCUGAGAAAUCCAUCUUGACUGGUUACACAUUGAUUUACGGAGAUGAAGAGAACCCUCAAGCUACGCCAACCUGGCAAUUGAAUUUGGCUGGUUCGAAAUUUGUUGCUUUAAGUAUGAGACCCAGCAUCGAACGCGUCCAUUCUCAAGGAAGGGUGUUGGCCGAUCGCUCCGUUUUCUACAAGUACGUGAAUCCUAAUUUGAUCGCUCUUGCGACUGUCUCUGACGAUGCUAUGCACAAACAUGUACUGAGCGUGUAUUUGGUCGAUGGCGUUACCGGAUUGGUGGUGUUUUCCGCCCAUCACAAACGUGCCAACGGUCCCGUCCACAUGGUGCACUCCGAGAACUGGAUCGUUUAUUCCUACUUCAGCGAGCGAUUCAGGAGGUACGAAAUGACGUCGGUGGAACUGUACGAGGGAGCUAAGCAGAGCAACAGCACCGCCUUCAGCUCGCACGCCCUCAGCCAACUACCACAUCCGGAGAGUUUAUCGUACAUAAUGCCCGCAACGCCCUUGGGUAUGACAACCACCCUCACCGAAAGAGGAAUCACCAACAAGCAUUUGCUCAUUGCGCUGAGUAACGGCGGUAUCUUGGAAUUGCCUUGGGCAUUCGUCGAGCCUAGAGGUCCUCAUCUGGCCUCCACCCCCGAGGAGGGUUACAUUCCGUACAUGCCGGAGAUCCCCAUUCACACGGAAAGUAUUAUUAACUAUAACCAAAGUCUGGCGAGGAUCAAGGGCAUACAGGUGUCUCCGGCGAAGUUGGAGAGCACCAGUCUAGUCAUUGCCUUUGGCUUGGACAUCUUCUACACGCGCGUCACCCCGUCCAAGACGUUCGACGUGCUGAAGGAGGACUUCGACCAUUGGCUCAUCAUCAUGGUUCUUGUGGGUCUCACCCUCGCUUCCUACGUGACCAAGAGACUUUCCAUCAGGAAAGCGCUCAAGCAGCAAUGGAAGUAAUCUUCAUACAUAAAUAGUGUAUUCAAUAUUUUCUGUUUACUAGUUCAAUUCAAAUCAUUGUAUUUAAUUUAUUUUGUAAUAAAUGGACACUCUGUGGGAACAUUUUGUACAAUGUUGUAAAAUUAAAACAAACAAAAAAAAAUAAUAAUUAAUUAUAAUAGUGAUGGCAUUUUCUUAGGUUUUCUUUU